GAGGAGUCGGCGGGCUGGGCCGGGCCGGGCCGGGCGGGAAACGUUAGGCCAGCGGCCCCCGGGGCGCGGGGGUCGAGCGGGCGGGGAGGGCCCGAGGCAAGCUCUGCCCGGAUGAGGAACAAAGCGGUGGGGCAGGCGCGCGCGCCCCCCGCGCGGCCGGCAGGUUGGGCAGCCCCCCUCCCGAAGCUUCUGGAGGAAAAGCCCCGGGUGUCCCCCGGCAUGCCCCAUCUCGCGGCGGGGUGCGCGGCCGCCGGCCCUCGGGAGAAGUUGGGCGGCCCCGGACGGCCGCGGGGCCGAGGGGCCGCGUUUGUGCAGCGGUUGUAAGCAAGAUGCGGUAGCACGUGACCCUGGAACGCAAACCCUGAUGCCGGUUCCCCGCCGCGCGUGUGUUCUUUUCUCUGACACUUGGCCCCAAGCAGAUGCAUCACAGGAUGAAUGAAAUGAACCUGAGCCCAGUGGGGAUGGAGCAGCUGACUUCAUCCUCUGUGAGCAAUGCCUUGCCAGGCUCAGGGAGUCACCUAGGGUUGGCUGCCUCACCCACUCACAAUGCCAUCCCUGCCCCAGGCCUGCCAGUGGCAAUUCCAAACCUGGGUCCCUCCCUGAGCUCUCUGCCUUCUGCUUUGUCUCUGAUGCUCCCAAUGGGUAUUGGGGAUCGAGGGGUGAUGUGUGGGUUACCCGAAAGAAACUACACCCUACCUCCACCACCUUACCCCCACCUGGAGAGCAGUUACUUCAGAACCAUUCUACCUGGCAUUUUAUCUUAUUUAGCUGACAGACCACCACCUCAGUAUAUCCACCCUAACUCUAUAAAUGUUGAUGGUAAUACAGCAUUAUCUAUCGCCAAUAACGCUUCAGCUCUAGAUCCCUAUCAGUCCAAUGGAAAUGUUGGAUUAGAACCAGGCAUUGUUUCAAUAGACUCUCGCUCUGUGAACACACAUGGUGCCCAAAGUCUUCAUCCCAGUGAUGGCCAUGAGGUGGCCUUGGACACAACAAUCACUAUGGAGAAUGUCUCUAGGGUUACCAGCCCAAUCUCUACAGAUGGAAUGGCAGAAGAGCUUACAAUGGACGGAGUUGCAGGCGAGCAUGCCCAAAUCCCAAAUGGCUCCAGAAGUCAUGAACCUCUGUCUGUAGAUUCUGUGAGCAACAACCUUGCAGCAGACACUGUAGGACAUGGUGGUGUGAUACCCAUUCAUGGGAAUGGCCUGGAGCUCCCUGUGGUCAUGGAGACAGACCACAUUGCAAGUCGAGUCAACGGGAUGUCUGACAGUGCCCUCAGUGACUCCAUCCACACCGUGGCCAUGAGCACCAACUCUGUAAGCGUGGCACUCUCUACCUCACACAACCUCGCCUCCUUAGAAUCUGUUUCCCUCCAUGAAGUUGGCCUAAGCCUAGAACCUGUGGCUGUCUCCUCCAUCACCCAGGAGGUUGCUAUGGGGACAGGUCAUGUAGAUGUAUCUUCAGACAGUCUUUCUUUUGUACCACCUUCACUGCAAAUGGAAGACUCCAAUUCAAACAAGGAAAAUAUGGCAACCUUGUUUACAAUUUGGUGCACGCUCUGUGACCGAGCCUAUCCCUCAGACUGCCCUGAUCACGGACCAGUGACUUUUGUUCCUGACACUCCAAUAGAGAGCAGGGCGAGGCUUUCUCUCCCAAAGCAGCUUGUUCUUCGCCAGUCAGUUGUGGGAGCAGAAGUUGGUGUAUGGACUGGAGAAACCAUUCCUGUGCGGACUUGCUUUGGGCCUCUCAUUGGCCAGCAGAGUCACUCCAUGGAAGUAGCAGAAUGGACAGACAAGGCGGUUAACCAUAUAUGGAAGAUAUACCACAACGGUGUCCUAGAAUUCUGCAUCAUUACAACUGAUGAAAAUGAAUGUAAUUGGAUGAUGUUUGUGCGCAAAGCCAGGAACCGGGAAGAACAGAAUUUGGUGGCUUAUCCCCAUGAUGGAAAAAUCUAUUUCUGCACUUCACAAGAUAUCCCUCCUGAAAAUGAACUGCUUUUUUAUUACAGCCGGGAUUAUGCUCAGCAGAUUGGUGUUCCUGAACACCCAGAUGUGCACCUCUGUAACUGUGGCAAGGAGUGCAAUUCCUAUACAGAGUUCAAAGCUCACCUUACCAGCCACAUCCAUAACCAUCUUCAUAGCCAGGGCCACAGCAGCAGCCAUGGACCAAGCCACAGCAAAGAGAGGAAGUGGAAGUGCUCCAUGUGCCCCCAGGCUUUUAUCUCUCCUUCCAAACUUCACGUCCACUUUAUGGGUCACAUGGGUAUGAAGCCCCACAAGUGUGAUUUCUGUAGCAAGGCUUUUAGUGACCCUAGCAACCUGCGGACCCACCUCAAGAUACAUACAGGUCAGAAGAACUACAGAUGUACUUUGUGUGACAAGUCUUUCACCCAAAAGGCUCACCUUGAGUCCCACAUGGUUAUCCACACGGGCGAGAAGAAUCUCAAGUGUGAUUACUGCGACAAGUUGUUCAUGCGGAGGCAGGACCUCAAGCAACACGUACUCAUCCACACACAAGAGCGCCAGAUCAAGUGUCCCAAGUGCGAUAAGCUGUUCUUGAGAACAAAUCAUUUAAAGAAACAUCUCAAUUCUCACGAAGGAAAACGCGAUUAUGUCUGUGAAAAGUGUACAAAGGCUUAUCUUACCAAAUAUCAUCUCACCCGCCACCUGAAAACCUGCAAAGGUCCCACCUCCAGUUCAUCAGCACAAGAGGAGGAAGAAGAGGAUGACUCCGAGGAGGAAGAGCUAGCAGACUCUGUGGGGACAGAAGACUGUCGAAUUAACAGUGCUGUGUAUUCAGCAGAUGAGUCUCUCUCGGCACAUAAAUAAAAGCCAACUAUUUUGGAUGGAAAAUGCAAAAGGGAAAAACGUACAACUAGCUAUCCACUACAGUGGUUUUUGUAUAAAAUGGUUUCUGAUUUUUUUUUCCAGCCGACAGUCAAAGCAGACUGGGAAAGGAUAAAGCGCUUAGAGAAGAGUAUCCUAAUGAAAACACUUUAGAACAGAUUGGGAAAAAAGAGCAGGUAACCUAUUUUUAAGUGAUGUGUGGGGAGGAAAGCAUCAGCUUUUGAAGUCUGUUCUUUAUUUACAUGGGAAACUAGGUGGUGCAUUUAUACCUGAGUCAGAGCUGUCCUCUGCCCAGACCAAUCAGAUUUAUUUUAGAUUCUUCCAUUGUUCCAUUUUCCUCCCAGCCCCAUGCCUUGGUCCCUGCCUCACAGCCAUCCUGAUUGCUGAUUGUGGUUCCGGUGUUUCGUUUUAUGUAGACUAUCGUGACUUAAGUCAUCCCAGAGUGGAUUGGAACACGGCAGUGUAAGCUUGUUACUUUGCAGCUAACAAGGUUAAAGCAACACCUGCCUUAAUCUCUCUUGGCUUCUUGGGAAUUUAGGGUAGACCUUGCUUCUCAGAAUUUCAGCAGAUGCCUAGAGAGGGCAGAUUAAAAAGGACUAGCCAGGCAGCAGGCAAUGGUGGAGAAAAGAAAAGGAGAGACACUUGGGCCACUGUCCAGAAAACUAGCUUUGGCGGAAGCCAGGUUGAGCCACCUGGUUAUUAUUGCUUAGAGAUCCUUGUAGGUUCAGACAUGUGUCUGUCUCCAAUAAAGCCUCCAGCCUCUAGACAAAGGGGACCCGGAGGUGUAGUGAGCCAAGUAAUGCCUGCUGGAUAAUCUCCUGACAACAAGCACAUGUGGACUCAGCUGGCAAAGUGGUAUCUUGGACCGUGGAAGGAAUGAGGGAAAGAUCCUUUAUAUCUGAUUUAUCCUAUGAAAAAGAACAAGACACCAUGAAAAUGUUGCCAGCACGGAAUGACAAAUGAUUCCAAACACAUUGGGGCAUUUGCAAGGUUAGACCUCAGCUGUCCGUGGUGAAGGAGCUCCUCUGUUAAGCAUGGCAGGUGCCAAAGGAUUUUGAAGGUGUAGAAGGCUUAAUGGUCACCACAUGGGUGUGUUUCAGGGUCCCAGCUUAGUUAGUUCAUCCCUCCGGUCCUUCACUUGGUCUCACAUGCGUACCCUGUUUACACAGCAAGAGGCAGACACAUCCCUGAGCUGACGGUUGCUAGAACGUGCGCCUGCUCUAAGGUGCAGCCUUGGGGCUGGAGCACAGAGGACUCUGGUAGGAAGGUUUUGCUGCUAAUGUAUUUAUGGAAUGAAUGUAUUUCAUUCAAAUCUGUAUUCCUCUAGGAAGGAUUAAAAUAAAAGCCUUUUUUAAAAUA